AUGCAAUAUGCGUGCCCCUUUGACGGCACAAUUCUCCAAUGCGCCGAUGCAAGUCUUGAACACACAGCCCUUCCAGCAGCCGCCAAUGCAUCCCUAUCAACACAUGCAGCCCGGGGUGAUGCAGCGACCACCUGCUUCGGUGCCUCCACCCAUUCCGCCUGCACAGCAGCCAGCGGCACCAACAGUUCCGCCACAGAUUCAGCAACAAGCGCAAAUGCCGCAAGCGCAAGCAGCGAAGCGAACGGCCCCGCAGAAGCCGGCUUCGCCUACGCACACGAAGCAGGAGAAUUGCUAAAGCAGCAGACCGUGCCACCGAAAGUCUUGGCUCAGCAGCGCGCCUGGGUGGCUUUGUUGCAACGACAGGGAAGCCCCGAGGCCGAUCGUCCAUCCGAGGUCUCCACAGCUGUGACCACCCCCGCGGCCGGUGUGGCCAGCUCGACAGAGCCAAAGCCACUGAAGGAGAGCUGCAACAAGGUGCGAUCUUGGGCUGAUGAGAACGAGGAGAAGCCCGCUGAGAAGGCCCCGCAGGCCCCGCCCACUCCAGCCUCUACCACGACACCGGCACCACAGACGCCUUCUGAGGAGUCCAAGGAGUCCAAGGAGCCGCCGAAGAAGGAGACGCCCCAGAAGGAGGCUUGGGCCCCACGCAUUGCGCCGCGUCAUUGGCCCCGUUCUCCAGGAGGUGGCAAGGGCGUCUGGCAGCCGAAGGAUCCUGUGGCACCCAAGACCCCAGUGAAGG